CGAAAGCACCAUGAGUGCCGCGUCGCACCACGACGCGGCGGUCCUGAGGCAGUCGUUCGCCAAGUACGACGCGGAUGGCUCGGGUUCGAUCGACGUCCGCGAGCUGCGCGCCUUGAUGCACGACGUGACCGGGGAGGAGCCAACGGACGAGGAGACGGCGGAGUUCUCACGCGCCGUGGACAUCGACGGCGACGGUGCGCUGUCCUUCGAUGAGUUCAAAGCCAUCUACACCAAAGUCAAGAGCGGCGAGCUCGCGUUCGGCGGUCUGCAACUCGCCAUGGACGCGUUCGACACGCUGGUCGCCGCGGAACCCGACGGCAGCAGCGACAGCGAGGCCGAGGCCGAGCCGGAGCCCGCCGCCGAGGCGGCGCCAGCGCGCGUGCCGUCCGCGGACCGCGCGCCGGCGGCGGACCGGCCGGCGGCCCCGGCCGAGGCGAAGAUGAAGCCGAAGCGGAAAAAGGAUAUCACGGGGGGCGACAUCGAGGCGCCGGCGCCGGAGGCCCCGCCGAGUAGCGCCUGGGUGUGCCUGCGCACCUGGUUCGGCUGCCUCUGCGGGUCGACGGUGCUCUACAGCCGCGACGCGUUGAAGCGCGCCGUGCGCAACGGCUGUCCCUGCCUGCAUCCACGGGUCGAGCAGGCCGUCGUGUGCCUGGCGCUGCCGCCGCUCUGGAUCUGGAUGGGCAUCCGGCUGCUCCUGCUGCCGUGCCUGUACGCGUACGGCGGGCGCUGCCUCGGCGCGUUGUUUCGCUUCUUCUACGAGGGCUUUGAGCGCUUAAUGAGCCGCUGCGGCUGCAACUGCGACAUCCGGUACCACGACCCGUUCUUUUCCUGCCGGGACGGACCGCUGUCCGGCUUCACGGAUUCGGAGGGCGGCGACGUCGCCGAGGACGUCGUCUGGCUGCGACCGCACCAGAUCUGGGGCAAGGAGGGCGAGGAAGGAUCGCUCUUCGAGAACGGCGUCUCGCCCGACGACAUCGACCAGGGGAGCCUCGGCGACUGCUGGCUGCUGGCGGCGUUCGCGUCGGCGGCGGAGUUCCCCGGCGUCGUCCGCCGCGCGUUCCUGACGACGGAGGCGAACUGGCGCGGCCGCUACGCCGUCACGCUCUGGGACGGCCACAAGCGCCAGUGGACGAAGAUCGUCGUCGACGACCGGAUCCCGUGCAAGGCGGGCACGACGACGCCCGUCUUCUGCCGGCCGGCCGGCAAAGAGCUCUGGGUGGUCCUCCUCGAGAAGGCGUUCGCCAAGUUCGUCGGCGGCUACCCGAACCUCGCCGGGGGCUUUAGCAUCUGGGCGCUCCAGGCGCUGACCGGCGACGACGCCUACACGCUGAGCCGCGACAGCGCGAAGGACGCCGCGCGCCCGUGGUACCGCGUCGACAUGAAGCACGCGCCGACGGCCGAGAACCCGCGCGCCGUCAAGUGGCUCCACCACCUCGGCGCCGACGGCGAGACCGAGCGCUUCGCCGACGACCUGCUCUUCGACAUGCUCCUCAAGUACGACCGCCUCGGCUUCAUCAUGAACGCGUCGACGUGCUUCUCCGGCCGCAAGGACGGCCUCGUCGGCGGCCACGCCUACUCGCUCAUCGCCGCGAAGCGCGUCAAGGUCAAGGGAUCGGACCCCGUCCGCCUGCUCCAGCUCCGGAACCCGUGGGGCAAUUUCGAGUGGACCGGCCGCUGGUCCGACGCCUCGGCCGAGUGGACGACGCACAAAAAGGUGGCCAAGGCGUGCGGCGUCGACCCCGGGAAGCCGAGCGACGACGGCGUCUUCUGGAUGGCGUACGAAGAUUUCCUCGCGUACUUCGACUCGAUCGACGUCCUCAAGCGGACCGAGGACCUCCACGACAUCUACCUCGACACGCACGAGGACAUGAAACCGCGCGUCUUCGGGCCGCUCCGCGGCUGCGUCGUCGGCCUCUGCCGCUACUUUGUCGCCUGCCAGGGCGUGCGGAAGCUCUGCUGCGGCCGCGCCCCGACGGGCGACGACACCGUCGAGGUCGACCAAAAGCGGCUACACUGCUGCGGCCGCCAGUGGUGCUAA